UCGGCGCCCAGUCUGUUUCGAGAGGUCGCGUGAUACCGAUCGUGUGUUGCGCGUGUCCAGUGUGUUGUGUACGUCUACGCUUAUGAAACGUCACGCAACGUUCGCGUCCGUUACUUCGCCGUUUUUAUGUAUUUCGAUCAUUAUUAGAUGCUCUCAAGACUCUACACCUGAACGUUGCAGCGCACCGACGUCUUAUCGCAAUCAACGGUCGUAACAAGCGCAACAUGGAUCGAUCGUCCAAAUUGAUUCUACGGAAACUCAUCAUAGACUUCCUCUGCUUAUUUGUUGUGGGCAUUUCGGUGCUGAUGUUCUUCCUGUUCGGUAAACCUUAUAAACGUGGUUUCUUUUGCAACGAUGAGUCACUCUAUCAUCCAUAUCACGAGUCUACGGUUACGAGCACGAUGUUGUACGUCAUCGGCCUUUUCCUUCCUAUAUGCACGAUGAUUAUAGGGGAAUACCUGCACGGGAGGCAUUUCUCCGGACACACGGCGAAUGUGCUUUUCGGAUACACCAUACCUCCAUGGCUGUGGAAUGCUUAUCAAAAGAUUGGUGUGUUCGGUUUCGGUGCAGCCUGUACUGUUUUAACCACGGACAUGGCCAAGUAUACCAUAGGGCGGCUGCGGCCACAUUUCAUGACCCUCUGCGUACCCAAUAUUGACUGCAACCUGCCCGAGUAUCAACAUAAAUAUAUUGAGGAUUUCCACUGUACCGCAACGGGAGUCUCGGCCAAGAUGUUAAAGGAAGUCAGAUUAUCGUUUCCCUCCGGUCACUCGUCCUUCUCGGCCUACACCAUGAUCUAUCUUGCGAUGUAUCUACAACUGAGAAUGAAGUGGAAGGGUAGUAAGCUGCUUAGACACUUCCUUCAACUUUUAUGCUUGCUCACGGCGUGGUUUACCGCAAUGACACGAAUUUCCAAUUAUAAACAUCAUUGGAGUGAUGUUCUCGCUGGAUCUGCCCUCGGUAUAAUCAGCGCUCUAGUAGUGACACACUGCGUGGCAGAUCUCUUCAAAGAAGAGAAAGAGAAACGUUCUUCCAUGGAGAAGCACAGAACUGCCGAUUACGAAGCGGAGACUGGCGUCACCGGCGGCACACAGGUGAAUAAUGGCACUGGUAAUCGCAGUUGUUGACCUAACGAGUUCGCUCUUCGCAUGCUGACUGCAACAAGGCCCUAAUUGUUUUCUAGUUGUUCUCGGGAAGUUAAAAAGAUCCCUAGAUUUCUCAUGAAACGUUGAGAUUAGAUUUAUUAAUCUCUCUUCGAACAUGUCUAUCGGCGUAUCCUUCUUCAGCCGAGCAUUUUUAGCGCUCAACGAGUUCUAAAUCCUCAAGAAAUACUUUUCUAAUUCCAAGACAGUAAAUCACCUUACUAUUUUGGAACUGUUUCUCGACUACAGCAUUUCCGUUGUAUUUUCUUCUCAUUAUUAUAUAAAUUAUUUGAGUCUCGUCGAUACUGUGUACGGAUCGUGAGAAAGAGAAGAACAGAAAAAAUAGAGUGCAAUGUAGCUAAAGCUUGCGAAUAAAAUUUCUGUCUUUCGUUGAGCUUUGUGUGAUCUAUUAUGCGAACGUCUAAUGUGUCGUAUAUGGUAUACUUCCGUUGCAGCGAGGAGCGAUAAUUUUUCUUUUACUUUAUUAUGCCUUUAUCUUUUAGCUUUUAAUAGCGUUCAAAAAAUAGAUGUGUGUUUCUAGAAAGCCUAUGUUUGUGUGGUGCCUUUCGUGACUAGUUAACGAAAGAUCAGAAUGUCUUGCGAAGAAUCAGUUUGUAAAUGGAAAUGAAGAGGAAUACGUUAUUUUUGUAGCUGAUAUUUACAGAGUUUUAGAUAAUAACGAUGUAUUUAUUUUUUUUAUUGAUAUAUUUAUUUUUAAUCGACAGAUCGACAGGUGCUUUCAAUCCUUUUAGCGUAAUAUAAACCGAUCAUCUUUUACAUGAGUAUUCUAUUAAAUUAUGAGUAACAGAAACUCGCGGUGAUCGGGGAAGUACAAUUUUGUAUUACAUUAAUAUGUAUUUUUAUUACUUACAAUUAGAGCUUAUAUUGUUCUUCAUUCUAAUAUUGUAAUAGUUCGUCUGUUGCGAUAAUUGAUAUAUGUUUGGUAUAUAGUCAAGAAAUUUUCGAAUAUACAUCGAAAAGAUGACCGAAAAUUUCUCUAUAGCUAAAAUAUCUUCGCCAGAGCCAUCUGCAAAGCAGAUAGAUCGUAGAAUCGCAGCCGUUAGGGUGCAUUCGGCUUGUAAAAGAGACUCGGAAAGAGAUGUCAAUAAUGCUUAAGAUUGAAAUCGAUCUCAAUGUCACCCUAUAAACGUAUUACGAUGUAACGCGGAUUAUCUACGAUAACUAACACGAAUUAUUUAGUGUAAAGUUUUUACUCGUUUACUUUACAAUGUUUUAGGACUAUUCAUCCUAAGACUUUAUUAUCUUGCAUUCUAGAUAGAUUAAAGUCUAUUGAGAUCAAUUAUAUUUAUGUGACAAUAAAUACUUCUUAAACUUCGGCAUGAUAGAGAUACUAAUUUUGCUUAAUUUUUCAAAUUUUAUUCCAUUUCUUUCUUUUGUUAGUAUACUUUAACGAAAAAUUUUUAACGAAAAAAAUUUACAUAAAAUUUAUUUCUUUUUUAUUUCUAGAAUUUAUUUUUUACGAUAAUUAUGUAAUGGAUAUGGAUUUAGAUAAAGGUAAGAGAAAAUUCAAGAUUAAAGAAAUCAGAGAUUUCAUUCCCUGAUUCUGACAAUUAGGAUUCUAAUUGUCACAAUCUACGAAAUGAAUUCGUACUAAUUCUUUUCAAUUCAUCUGAUUUUUGUAAAGAAGUAUCUUUUUUUACUUUCAAUUUAUUGCUAGACAUUUUUUUAAAUAUAGUUAAUUAAUAGAAGGGAGAUUCUUAUAUACUGAGGAAUCGUUGCUAUAAGUCUCAACUUUCUAUACGACUUUUUACUUAUGGCAACACACGAUUAUCAUUGAAGAUGUAUACGUAGUCAUAAUCUCGAAAUGUAUUAUUUAAUUAAAAUAGUCGAAUAUUAUACAUGGUAUAUGGUGCUUUAAAGUUCUAAUUAAGUGUACGACGGUAAUCCGUCAUAGUUUAAUUGAAAGUAUUCAGUAAUAAUAGAGAAUCACGUCAAACCGUAUAUAUAAAGUUUUAUUUAUUUUAUGAAAAAUGUAUGUACACACAUAACGUUAUGUAUAUAAAUUUUAUAAUAAUAUAUAAUAUGUCUGUUAAUUUUAAAACGAUAACAAAGAUGAAUAAGACAGGCGAUAAAAAUCAAUAAUGCAAAAAAAUUCUUCGAAAUAUAUUAAAUCAUGUGACAAAUGUACAAUUCCUUUAUACGUUUUGUACCUCCUUCAGAUUUUCUUCAGUAAAAAAUGUUACAUUAAUUCACAAUUUCAAUAAUUUAUUCUGCUAAUAGUAGUUGACGUAAUAUGCAAUUAGACGCCCGUCUCCCGUAAUUGCAGAACAUAUGUCAACUACUGGCGGAAUGAAUUAUUGAAACGAUGAAUUGAUAUUACAUUUUUCGCCUGAAGAAAACCUGAAGAAGGCCAUAAUGUAUGAAGGGAUUGUAUUAAGGAUGUAUAUUUCGAAAAAUUUUUAUGCACAAGUUCUGUGCUCUUGCUUUUUGUCGUUUGUUUUAUUCGUAUUUGUUAUUGUUUCAUAAAUUUUAUAUACAGAUAUAUGUAUGUGUGUAUAUAUACAUAUAUAUUGUCUCGAUACUUUAUUUGUUGUUAUCUCAGUUGGAGUAGAGCUCUCAAAUAUGCCGACAACAAAAUUUUAAUUAUUUAACUAAAUUGAAGAUUGUUAUAAUUAUUUUGCUCCUAUAACAUUUUUUCUUUUAGGCUAUAUAUUGCGUUUAAGUAACUUGUUAAUAGGCGUGUAAUAUACGAUAUUUUAGAAUUCUAGAAUUUACUUUUAAUAAUUAAUUCUUGGAUUAAUUAAAAAUCUCGAAUUAAAAUGCUGAACCACAUCAAUAUGAUUUGUGAAUUAUGACAAAACGAUAUUAUUUACUUAUUAAAAUGGACAAGUAAUGGACUUUUUUAUUCCAAAAUUUUAAUCACAAGUUCAAUUGUUAUGAUGUUUAAAAUUUAAUAUUAUAAAAAAUUGCUAUCAUUAGAAAAAAUGUUCAAUAUUUAUCUUAAGAACAAGUUAAUUCGAGAUUUAUCAAAGAAUUGAACAAACUAAAGUUGAGACUUCUCGGAUAUUCUAAUUAAUACUAAUUGUGUCUAUAGGUAGCAUAAGCUAUCAUUACUAUCAACGCUAUGUUAUGAACGUCUGUAUGUCGAUUUGAUUAAUCAAUCAAUUAUUUCUCUUUAUUCAGAUGAUAUACAGAUAGAUAAUGUUUGAUUGAGUUAAGAAAUAACACAAAUAAUAAAACUGAAAAUAAAUUAGAAUGGGAUCAUAUUAUUACAAGACCAAAAUUUUUGUAUAAUUAAUCUAACAAUCUGCGAUUAUAUUCUCAGCGAUUUACACUUACAUACAUUUGUCGAACGUAAGUCGAAAAUGUAUUACGAUAUCUAUAAGAACGUUAAUUAUACGAAAUUCGUCAUCAUUGUCGUUUUGUUUUACAUGAGAAUCCGACGCGAUGCAUUAUGAACGUCGACAGUAACUCUCUGAGAAGUACUGUAGAAUUAAAUGUAAUAGGAAUAAAUUAUUGAGUUAUGAAUCA